CAUACAAUGCACCGACUCCCUUGUCAUUUUCUGCUAAAUUCAAUGGCGCCCUUGGGAAACCCACAGCUCAAAGAUGCUCCUCCUUACAGAUGUUGAUAGAAGAAGCUAGCACAAAGGAACUUCAUACCAUCUUCCCUCAACUGCUCGAGCAUAUCUUCGGUUGCGUUGGCCAACCAGGAUGGGGCUUGCAUCACAUCUACAAGUCUUCCUAUAGUCAUGGCCAUGACUACAAUGCAGUCAGAAACUUCUUGGCUCCCUCUGGACCCAUCUUCAAACUGGUCUACAAGCUCCAAGCGGAUGACUACCUUAGAUAUGAAUUCCCCAUUUCUCAACUACCAACUCCAACAAAGAACCGAAUGGAAGACAAGGUCUUGUCAGGAAUGUACGCCAGAAACUCCAUUUCAUUUCAUGCGUUUGAAUUCUACAUGUUUCAUUUUGCCUUUUUCCUGGUGAAUCCUCUCACACUCAAGAGUGGUCCGUGGGUGAAUCCUAAUGAAGUUGUCUACCUGACCAUCUUGGCUGACUACCUUGAUCAUUUCUUGCCGCUUGGUGGCCGAGAAGUUCCACCGAUGCCAGCAUUUGCUUCACCAGUAAGAAGUCCCAUAGCUCACCAGACAUCACUGCACAGGAGUACACCUGGUGCCUCUACUCACCCCCAGGUGGCGAGCCCUCAGCGACAGUACUAUAGUCUACUCAAGUCACCAAGUGCUACCAACAGAGCACAAUCACCUCACAGUCCUGUCUCAACGGAUAGUAAAGAUAAUGAGACAUGGAGGUCAGAAUCAUUUAUCCAGGUCAUGGUUGAGUUUUGGUUGAAUCAAAACUCAGUCGAUUCUGAUCAUUCUAAACUCUCCGCCAGUUCAACCAAACAGGGUCGCUAUAGCCCCACAUGGUCUGACACCAUGAUGUGGGACACAUCGCUGAUGCGGCCCACUCUCCCACAACUCUAUGAUUCCUUCCUUCCGACCAUUGACCACGUGCGAGCCGUUAGGAUGAUCAUCAAACACUUCCACUUCUUCGUGAACAGCGGACAGCAAGAUGUGAUCGUCUCGCCAUAUCAGCAGCUUGUUCUUUCACCUCUUGACCAGCUUAGGAGGAUGUUGUGGCCCGGUCUAGUCCAAAAGAAGCUGUAUACCUUCUUCAAGUAUGGCUUCAGUAAAUGGCCGCUCGAUUCUUCAUUCAGAAUGAUGUUGGAAACAUGGUUAAGUUUCCUCCAACCCUGGCGCUACACAGACCCCAUCAACUCCCAGGACGACUUUCACGAGUCCCCUGAUGCUCGAGAAGGAUUGCUCGAUUCAAAAUGGGCAGAAUUCGCCAGAGAAAAUCUCCUGUUUUACACCAAUCUUUUACAAGAGUUUCUGAGCCGUGCGUCCAGGAUGGAUCUGGGAUCAGCCAAGAAUGCUUACAUGCUCUUCAGGGUGGCAAAGGUUAUCUCGAUGCCAAAGCUGGCCGAGGUUCUCCUUGAAGCCGAGGCAUCCCUGUUCCACUCCCCCAUGUCGCCCCGUAAACCCGGCCCCAUGGACCUUGGUGGCAGCUAUCUGUCAUCCAGCUUCUCCAGUGCAUCUGCUGUGCUCUCCUUACAAUUCGCUGAACUAGAGGGACCAGGCUUUCAGUAUCGGCCAUUGUUUUCUGAAGAGAUGAGCGCUCGCGUUGAACAGCUUCUUGCCGUCCUGACCCAAGCCAAAAUAACAGCAGAAAGUAGCUAUAGAUUAUCUGAUAACGGCUCCAGCAGUAUCCUGAAGUGGCUUGGCUUCGGACCAAUGAUCGAUUACAAUGCUCAGAGAUACAGCUCAUACAUGGGAGAGGACUACACACCAACAGACAGCAAGAAGUUAUUCACACAUCUCGACCAAUCAGCUUCAAGGUUAUGCAGAUUCUUUAGGAUUGAAGCUUGGCAGACUGACAACGAAGGCUGGGCUGGACAGUAUGGCUUCGGCAGCAGUUCCACCAUCACAACAACUAAAAAUCUCCCACCCGAUCACGUCGUGACAGAUGUUGGACCACAACUGACACCGCUGGGUCGUUACCAGAUGGUGAAUGGUCUGCGGAAGUUUGAGAUUAAGUAUUCCGGUGAUGUGGAGCUGAAUCCUGUGCGGAGCUAUGAGAGCACCAUUCUCGUCCGGAUGCUCUACGAUCUCUCAUCCUUCAUCAAUAAGAAGAUGGGUCACAAGUUUCAAGAAUACUAUGAGCGAGACGGGUUAAUCGGCCGAGCUGCUCACCAUGUCUUCCUUCCUCCGAUACAGGAGACCUACACACCCACAGGUCUGAAAAGUACAUCACCACGACUACCACAAACAAAAGAACAAUUAGACCUAGCGUGUAAACCUCGGUUGAGUUUGCGCUUCUUGGCAAGCUACAACAACUUGGCAUCGUUCGGACUCAUGUAUAUUGCGGUGCGUUUGAUCCUUGGACUUGGGCCUGUCGGAUAUUUGUUUUUCAUGUGUUUCAUCUACCUGUGUUAUGUCUUGAUGAGAGCUUUAUGUGGCACGUAACAGGUGGGGACGGUCACUGCCACACACGCACGUUGGCAGACACCUCGCCUAUUGUAUCCGAAAUUGAGACGGACGCCCUGUGCACCGUCUCCUGGCCAAGGCUUAACAUUGCAUGUUUAUUCACGCAGGCCAUCCAUGUUACCACACAAGGCCUCUACAGGGCACUUUUAACAAGAUAACUGCCUAAUAAGCUAACUGCCAUUUUUGUAUUGAAUUUCUGUAGGAUGUACUGGUGAUUUGUACAAUACAUUUGUGUAAAUAAUGAGCUUCAAUAAAACUCAAUCUCAGACUGUUA